AUUGUGCGCACCCUCCAACGUUCUUGGAGUUUCCGAGACGUCACAAAUUCUUCGAGUGUCGGUGGUGGUGUCCAAUUUCGGCACCAAAAUGACGAGGAAAAAUGUUAAAAGUGUUUGGUCGAUUAAAAAUUAAUUGACAUUUUGUAACGAUCAUCACGUUUUAGGGAAACAUAAAUAUCAAACAUGUCGUCAGUCAAAGUAGCAGUUCGUGUCCGGCCGUUCAACAACCGAGAAAUCUCGCGAGAAUGCAAAUGUAUAAUAAAAAUGGGAGGAAACACUACAACAAUCACAAAUCCAAAAGCCGACCCGAAAGAAGCCCUCAAAAGCUUCAAUUUCGACUAUUCCUACUGGUCACACGAUGAGACCGACCCGGAAUUCUCCUCACAACUGGUCGUCUACAAGGACAUCGGCGAGGAAAUGCUCCAGCACUCCUUCGACGGCUACAACGUUUGCAUCUUCGCCUACGGGCAGACCGGCGCCGGCAAGUCCUACACCAUGAUGGGCAAGCAGGAGGAGGGCCAAGAAGGCAUCAUCCCCCAGAUCUGCAAGGACCUCUUCAACAGGAUACGCAACAACGACAACCCCGACAUGAAGUACUCGGUGGAGGUCAGCUACAUGGAGAUCUACUGCGAGCGGGUGCGCGAUCUGCUCAACCCCAAGAACAAGGGGAACUUGCGGGUGCGCGAGCACCCCCUUCUGGGGCCCUACGUCGAGGAUCUGAGCAAGCUGGCGGUGACGAGCUACGAGGACAUCCACGACCUGAUAGAUGAGGGCAACAAGGCCAGAACGGUGGCCGCCACUAACAUGAACGAGACCAGUUCGAGGUCGCAUGCGGUGUUUACGAUUUUUUUCACGCAACAGAGAUACGAUCAAACGACGACAUUGUGCACGGAGAAGGUCUCCAAGAUCUCGCUGGUGGACCUGGCGGGCUCCGAGAGGGCCGACUCCACGGGGGCCAAGGGCACGAGGCUCAAGGAGGGCGCCAACAUCAACAAGAGUCUGACGACGUUGGGCAAGGUCAUCUCGGCGCUCGCUGAAAUCGCGUCUAAGAACAAGAAAUCAAAAAAAGCCGACUUUAUCCCUUACCGAGACUCGGUUUUGACAUGGUUGCUGCGCGAGAACCUCGGAGGCAACAGCAAGACUGCAAUGAUAGCCGCCAUAUCUCCAGCCGAUAUCAACUACGACGAGACUUUGUCCACUCUCAGGUACGCUGAUCGAGCCAAGCAGAUCGUGUGCAAGGCCGUGGUUAACGAGGACGCCAACGCGAAACUCAUCCGAGAGCUCAAAGAGGAGAUCCAGAAACUCCGCGAGCUGCUCAAGGCCGAAGGCAUCGAAGUGCACGAGGGGCCGGAUGGCAAAGUUAUUUAUGAGAAAAGGGAGCCUCCUAGAGCUGAAGAUAACAUCAUCGCUCGCAACAAUAAAGAAAACGAGAGAUCGAGAACGACUUCAACGACAAUAGCCGAGGAAGCCGUCGAUCAAUUGCAAGCCAGCGAGAAACUCAUCGCCGAACUGAACGAAACAUGGGAGGAGAAAUUGAAGCGCACCGAAGCUAUAAGAAUCCAACGGGAGGCCGUUUUCGCCGAAAUGGGGGUGGCGGUGAAGGAGGACGGGAUCACGGUUGGGGUGUUCUCCCCCAAAUGUACCCCCCAUUUGGUGAAUUUGAACGAGGAUCCGUUCAUGUCCGAAUGCCUGAUUUACUACACCAAGGACGGUAUUACGAGGGUCGGGUCAGCCGAGGCAAACAUUCCGCAAGAUAUACAGCUCGUGGGGUCGCACAUUAAAUCAGAGCAUUGCAUUUUUGAGAAUAAGGACGGGAAAGUGACACUGACUCCAUCAGCUGGGGCUUUAAUUUAUGUCAAUGGACGGGAGAUCACCGAGCCAGUCGUCCUCAAAACCGGCUCCCGAGUCAUUUUGGGCAAAAACCACGUGUUCCGCUUCACGCAUCCAGACGAAGCGCGUGAGAUGCGUGAAAAAAAUUCGACACCUUUAGAAACCGUUGACUGGAACUAUGCACAAAUUGAACUUCUUGAAAAACAAGGCGUUGACUUAAAGGCCGAGAUGGAAAAACGUCUCCUAACCCUCGAAGAACAAUACCGUAAGGAAAAAGAAACCGCAGAUCAACUGUUUGAAGAGCAGCGAAAAAAUUACGAGGCUCGAAUUGACGCGCUUCAAAAGCAAGUGGAAGAACAGAGCAUGACAAUGUCGAUGUACAGUUCCUAUACGCCCGAGGAUUUCAAUAAUGAAGAUGAUAUUUUCGACGGGGGCGCUUUUGCAGUGAACCCUCUGUUUGACGCAGAGUGCAAUUGGACCGAGAAGGAGUACGAGCUGGCCGCCAAUGCCUGGAGGAAGUGGAAACAUCACCAGUUUACCUCCUUGAGGGACGAUCUCUGGGGCAAUGCCAUUUUCCUCAAGGAGGCGAACGCCAUUUCGGUCGAACUCAAGAAGAAAGUACAAUUCCAAUUCACACUUUUGACCGACACCCUCUACUCGCCCCUUCCGGCCGAUUUGCGUCCCACCAUCGACUAUGAUCAAGACGAGGACGCGUCAGUGCCGAAAACAAUUGUCGCUGUUGAAGUUCAAGAUACGAAAAACGGGGCGACUCAUUACUGGUCGUUGGAUAAACUUCGUCAAAGACUGGAAUUGAUGCGUCUGGUUUAUAACGAGGAAGUUGUGGAAUUGCCGAGUCCUGAAGUUGGUAUUGAAACAACAACGCCUUUGCUGAGAUGUCUCACGCAAUGUCCACCAUCACCGUCACGCUUCUCUCUUACCAGUCUGUUGCCGUCGAGGCAAAGGCUGGAACUCAUGCGCGAAAUGUACCACAACGAGGCCGAAAUGUCACCGACUUCGCCCGAUUAUAAUGUGGAGUCGCUCACUGGGGGCGACCCCUUCUAUGACCGUUUUCCCUGGUUUAGAAUGGUGGGGCGAGGGUUUGUCUACUUGAGCAAUCUUUUAUACCCCGUGACGCUGAUUCAUAAAGUGGCGAUUGUUAGUGAAAAAGGAGAUGUUCGAGGAUAUUUGAGAGUAGCGGUUCAGGCCGUUAUGGAUGAGGAUAAUUCGGACCAAGUUGGUGUGAGGCAAAGUGCAAGGAUAGCUUUUGAAACACCCAAAGCCGUUAUUGAACAUAAAAAUAUUCACAAUAUGGACGAUCGCAUUAUCGAAGGUCAGAGCGCUAUUGAUCCGAUUAAAAUCGAUGAUCUUAUAGAGUGUGAUGCAGAUUCAGGACGUGGCGAUAGUUCCGUUUCGUCAGAUUUAAAAGAGGAUGAAGUUCCCGAUCAUUUAGCGAUCGGAAAAGAGUUUACUUUCAGAGUUACUGUCUUACAAGCAGUGGGAAUUUCCACGGAAUAUGCCGAUAUCUUCUGCCAAUUCAAUUUCUUGCAUAGACAUGACGAGGCUUUUUCGACAGAACCAGUCAAAAAUUCGGGCAAAGGCACUCCACUUGGCUUCUACCACGUACAAAAUAUCACAGUUUCGACCACGAAAUCAUUCAUCGACUAUAUCAAAACCCAGCCAAUUGUCUUCGAAGUUUUUGGCCACUACCAACAGCACCCCCUUCACAAAGACGCCAAAUUGGAGGGCAACGUCCGCCAGCCCCCUCGCCGCAUGCUCCCGCCCUCCAUCCCCAUUUCGCAGCCAGUCAGAUCGAGCAAAUUCGGCGCUUUGCCCUCCCCCUGCACCGCUCACAUUCACGCCAAAGUGGACGUUUUAGUUUGGUUUGAAAUCUGCGAAUUGGCCCCGAGUGGCGAAUACGUCCCUGUUGUGGUGGAGCACAGUGAUGAUUUGCCUUGUCGUGGAUUGUUUUUGUUGCAUCAGGGGAUUCAAAGACGGAUUAGGAUUACAAUUGUUCAUGAUCAAGCCGCUGAGAUUAAAUGGAGAGAUGUGAGAGAGUUGGUAGUGGGAAGGAUUAGGAAUAGUCCGGAGUCGGACGAGGAUGAGGAUAAUGAUAAUUCGGUGCUGUCGUUGGGAUUAUUCCCAGGGGAGUAUCUGGAGGUGCCUGGGGAUGAUAGGGUGAUGUUUAGGUUUGAGGCGGCCUGGGAUAGCUCGCUGCAUAAUUCACCAUUGCUGAAUAGGGUCACGGCGCAAGGGGAGCAGAUUUUCAUGACCAUCUCGGCUUAUUUGGAGUUGGAAAAUUGCGGCCGCCCUGCCAUUAUAACAAAAGACCUGAGUAUGGUAAUCUACGGAAGAGACGCUCGAACUGGCCCUCGAUCCCUCAAACACCUCUUCUCUGGAAACUAUCGCAACGCCGAAGCAAACCGCCUAUCAGGAGUCUACGAAUUACUUUUGCGACGUGCUAGUGAAGCAGGUAGUCCAGGUGUGCAAAGACGCCAACGUCGCGUCCUGGACACCAGCUCCACCUACGUCCGCGGCGAGGAAAACCUCCACGGUUGGCGUCCUCGUGGCGAUUCGUUAAUCUUCGACCACCAAUGGGAGCUCGAGAAAUUGACCCGACUUGAAGAAGUCGAACGUGUGCGCCACACUCUCCUCCUCCGCGAGCGUCUAGGUCUCGACCGUUCAACCAAUCACAACAAGUAUCACCUCGACUACACAAAAAGCGAGAAGGAAGUGUGCAACAUGGUCGCUAAAAACAACAACCUCAACGCAACCAACGAUUUUUACGAAUACACCGAUCGCGAGAAACAACUCUUAAUGAAAUGCGUCCGCUUGAUCCAGGGACGAGGCCGCGAAAGCAUCACCGGAAUGAAGGAAAAAGAGGUGGCAAGUCCGGAAGAAAUGACCGAAAUGAGCACGAGCAUGCUAUCAAGCAUGGUGUCGAACGGGUCGAUCGAGCUCUGCUCACCGGAACGGGCGGCGCUUCCGGGCGAAUGUGCCCCGUUCCCGCCGGUUCCGGUCUCUCCCCCAGGCCCCAGGGACCCGGAGUUGGUGCUCUACGUCCCGGACAUGGAGGAAAUUAGGAUUUCGCCCGUCGUCGCACGCAAGGGGUAUUUGAACGUUUUGGAGCAUAAAACGCACGGGUGGAAGAAGCGAUGGGUGGCCGUCCGACGACCCUACGUGUUUAUUUUCCGGGAUGAAAAAGAUCCAGUUGAACGGGCGCUUAUUAACCUAGCUACGGCCCAAGUGGAGUAUUCCGAGGAUCAGUUGGCGAUGGUUCGACUCCCGAAUACUUUCAGCGUGGUGAGCAAACAUCGCGGUUAUCUCCUUCAAACGCUUCACGAGAAGGAGGUGCACGAUUGGUUGUAUGCCAUUAAUCCGUUAUUAGCUGGGCAAAUUCGCUCGAAAUCGGCCAGACGUAAUCCAACACGUCAGGAAAAUACGGAAACUACGGUGGCAUGUAAAUGAGAUUUAAUCGUUAUGGAAUCCGUUUUGGUUUAUUAGGUUUUUUUGAGUUGAUUGAGGUUGUGAUAGGGUUCCAUAAACGGGGGAUUUGGUUCUUCUAGCCCAGGUGUUGCGGGAUUGUUUGGCGAAAUGAUUCGCGACACCUGGGCUGUUUCUAGUCGAGCAUUUCUUUACAAAUCUAGUCGAGGAAUUGUGUGAGAAUUUUUAUGAUCCGGUUGUGUGCAAUAAGAGAGUUUCUCAGACCGUUUCGAAUGCUUAUUUCAGUUUGAUUGAUCUCAGUGUUAAAAUAGUAUUAAAGCUUCUUAUAGUGUAAUGAAUAUUUAAUACAUGUACCAAUCUAAUUAAACAUCAUAUUCUACCGUUUUAAUGUUAAGGCCUCGGGUUUUUCUUUGACAAAGUGAAUGUAAAGAAAGCAGAAAUUUCGACACUUUUUCGUUUGAUUUUCGGGCACAGUAAAUGUAUGAUGUACAGGGUGUUUAUUGUUCAAUCGAUGAAGAGCUCACUUUUUGAUUAUUUUUGGAAACUUCCACUUCAACCAACCCUGUUGUUAUUUUUGUACUUGAACUAGAUUUACACGAAUUGUUUUUAUUGUAUAUACCUACCUACCAAAGUUAGCACAAUAGAUCUCACGCUGAAACCGCUAUUGUUUCAAAACUGGCAUUUGUAAGCCGAAGCUUACAUCCAUGACCAUGUCUUUGACUGAUUUUUAUUCGAUUUGGUUGUUGUAGGUGCUUGUUAAACUCAUCAUAAUUUUAUUUUUAUAGUUAGUUCCCCUAUAGACACAGUGCUACGCUUAUCUAAGCUAUAAAUGUAAAAAAGAAGUACUAUUUAAUGAAAUUAGUAGGUACAAUGUAGGAAAAUUUACUUUCCUUUUCUUUAUUUUAUUUCGGAUGCUGCCUUUGCAGGCUCAUUAUUGAUUAAUUGAAUGAUUAUUAUUAUUGUAUAAUUGUGUAAGCAUUAUAUGAAAUAAAUAAAGAAAACCAAAAUA